GCUGACCCCGCGGCGCACACAGUGGGCGUGGCUAGGCAGAGCUGGCGGGUGGGUUCCUCGCGAAGCGCGCGCGAUACCCAUCCCGCGUCAGCCAGCGCCGGGCUGAGCUCCGCGUGCGGGCCGGUCGGGGAAGGGACGGGAGCUGAGCGGCUCAGUCCGCCUCUCCGCUGCGGCGGCUGCAUGGAGCUCCCGGAGGAGGAGGAGGAGGAACUGGAUUGGCUUUGCCCGGAGCCUGGCGGUCCUUGGAACCAUGCGGCGCCCGGGAGAGACUCCGCCACCACGCUCGGAGCACAAUCAGGUCAUGACAAGACUGUGCCAUCAGGAAAUACAGCGCACAGGGUAAUUGUGCAUACUGACCUGGACUGCUUUUAUGCACAAGUAGAAAUGAUCCAUAAUCCUGAAUUAAGAGACAAACCUUUAGGUGUUCAGCAGAAAUACUUGGUUGUUACCUGUAACUAUGAAGCCAGGAGACUUGGACUUCAGAAAUGUAUGUCUGUCAAAGAUGCUAAAGAAAAAUGCCCAGAGCUAGUGCUAGUUAAUGGAGAGGACUUGACACGAUACAGAGAAAUGUCAUACAAGGUUACAGAGCUGUUGGAAGAAUUCAGUCCACUGGUAGAAAGACUUGGAUUUGAUGAAAAUUUUGUGGAUAUCACAGAGUUGGUAGAGAAGAGACUAGCACAGCUGCAAAGAGAUGGCUGUUCCAAAGUGUCUGUGUCUGGUCAUGUGUAUAAUAAUCAAACUGUCAAUUUACAUGAUGUUAUGCAUAUUAGACUUGUCAUUGGAUCUCAGAUUGCAGCAGAGAUGAGGGAAGCCAUGUACAAUAGAUUGGGUCUUACAGGCUGUGCAGGAGUGGCCUCUAACAAAUUACUAUCUAAACUAGUAUCUGGCACCUUCAAACCAAAUCAACAAACAGUUCUUUUACCUGAAAGCUGUCAGGACCUAGUAGGCAGCCUUGAUCACAUCAGAAAAGUGCCUGGGAUUGGCUAUAAAACUACCAAGCGCCUAGAGUUGCUGGGUCUCAGAAGUGUGCGUGAUCUCCAGACCUUUUCACCUGUAAUACUAGAAAAGGAACUAGGAGUUUCAAUUGCUCAGCACAUUCAAAAGCUCAGCUAUGGAGAGGAUGACUCCCCUGUGGCCUCCUCAGGACCUCCUCAGUCCCUUAGUGAUGAAGAUUCUUUUAAAAAAUGUUCAUCGGAAGUGGAAGUUAAAAGGAAAAUUGAAGAACUACUUGCUAAUCUUUUAGACAGAAUAUCCAAAGAUGGAAGAAAGCCACAUACAAUAAGAUUAACCAUCCGUAAAUUUUCAUCAACUAAUAAAUGGUUUAGUCGGGAGAGUCGUCAGUGUCCUAUUCCCUCUCAUGUCAUUCAGAAAUUUGGGACAGGAAACUAUGAUGUUGUGGACCCACUGGUUGGUAUCCUUAUGAAAUUGUUUAGAAAGAUGAUAAAAGUGGAGAUGCCAUUUCAUCUUACCCUUCUGAGUGUCUGCUUCUCAAAUCUUAAAGCUCUGCCUAGCCUCACCAAAGGAUCCAUAGGAUUUUAUUUAACUCGGUUGUCACCCCCUUCAAGUUCUGGCAAAAAAAUGGAAGGUGUUCCACAAGACCAGGUGAACUCCUGCAGUUUUGUACCAGAUGGAAGAAUUAGAAAUACAAGAACUAGAGAAUCUUCACUAGAAACCAAAAGCUGCGCAGAAGAAUAUGGAAUUCCUGUUUCCCCAAUUCAUUUGCCUCCUGCUGGCAUUGACCAGGAGGUCUUCAGUCAGCUUCCAGAAGACAUUAAAGAGGAAAUUAUUUCUGACAAAACUGGGCAAAGGAUCCAUACAAAGAAUGUUUUGAGUCAGCCAUUACCUUUUUCUAAAGGAGCACUACCAUUUUUUGCACAAGAACAAAUGCACACUACCCCGAAUUCCAGAAGAGCAGAUCAUAGUAUGAGCAGUCUGGUAUGCAGUGAACAUUUCCAAUCUACCAGUGAGCUGGAGACAGCCAUGGUACACAGGCCUAAUCCUAAUUGUAUUCUCAGUCUACAGGAUCCUCCUGAGUACCCUGAAAGUGCACUAAUAGAUGACUGUAUGGAACAAAUACCUAAGGAAUCACUGAAUUUCAAUAGCACUGAUUCAAUUGUAUUGAAUAUGCAAAGUCAACAUUUUCUUCAGCCCCAUAGUUCAGACAGACAAGAGCAGCCCAUUGGAGCAGCCUCUCAGGAUAAAGGUCAGAGAGAGCAAGCGUCAGGAGAAGGAAGAAUUGUAUUUCCUCCUAAUGUUGACCCAAAUAUCUUUUCUGAACUACCUGCUGAAGUGCAAAAGGAACUACUGGCUGAUUGGAAGAAUCUAAAACCUGUUUCCAAAAUGCAUAUGAAUAAACCUUCUGAAAAGCUAAAAACAAACAAAGGAAAAAAGACUCUGGUGAACACAACACCGCAUUCUAACAGUUUAUUAAGGUAUUUUAAACCAAAAUGAUUAUAUACAUAAUACAGAGAUGACUGGUGUAAAACAUUUGUGAUAAAAUAAGGAGGUAAUACAAUCAUAUUCAUGCAUUAAAGAAAUGCACUAUUUUAAAGUGUAAUGCGACAAAAUAGCAUACAAAAAGGAACAGACCAUCUCAACAAUAGUGUAAAACUAUUGAUAAUUCCUUUAAAAAGUGAUUAAUACUAUGUAUUCUUGUGUUAAACUAGCAGAUUAAUGUUUUAUUUAGUCCAAAGAGAGUCACAAGGGAGACUUACUUCCCCUAAAAUGCACAUUAGGUGUGAUUGAAUCCUCCAGUUGUUACUACACGUACUAAAACAUUGCAAUCCAGUUUGAAACACUUACACUUGUUCUUGUAUCAACCAAAUGGCAUCCGUUAGGGCAUGGAUGUUCUUGCUGUUAAAACAUUUUUUUAAACUCAAAAUACAGAAAAUACUGACUUGGAUGGUGGGGCUUGUGAAACUAAUGGAAUAUAGAGAAAAAAGUACUGCUUUCUUAGUAGUUACAGUCCCUAACUGCUAGAGGUAAAACACAUCGGUAAUGUGAGCAGAGCAUCAUGUACAGCCAGUUCUAACUCACAAAUAGGCUUUUACUAUUUGUAGUUGGAAUAGCCACCAAGACAGUUGUCAGCAUUUCCAGCCACUGAUUAGGCUAGGCUCCAGUUUGGCAAGAUACUUAAGAACGGAACUACUUUACUGAUUUACCUCAAUAUGGAUUUAGGAAUACAGAUGCUCCCCAGGUUACGCAAACCUGACUUACAGAAAUCCGGAUUUACGGAAAAAGUUCCAUAAGCUUUUUUUGCAUAAUUGUUGAAGUAUAAUUUUAAAAAAAUCUUGGCCAAUGAAGACUGAUUACAAAAUUGAUGUUUAAAUGUUAGCUAAUUAUUCUUGCAAAGUAACUUGUAAUAAACGCAUUUACAGUUGUUAA